UUGGAUGGAUGUGAAUCUCUCUCGGUUGACCCCCGGAAGUGGAACACAGAAAGAAAAACAGAGGCUGCUGCUUGAAAAAAAACAAAACAAAAACACAGAAGCAAGUAUUAUAUAUAUUUAAAAAUGUAUUCUUUAUUUUUGAAUGAAAAUGUUACUUCAAGACAAAUAAAAUCCAACUUCGAGUGAAAAAAAACAGUGUCGUUGAAUCUUUGACAGCUGAAGAGAGUCUGCUUUGGCAAAGACAAGAUGGCAGACAAAGAUGGGAAAGCGGGUCUUGGAAACGAGGCUCAACAGUUGCAGGACGGCUCCUGCGAUCCUCUGCCGACCCGAGGAGGAGGAGGAGGGGAGGAGGAAGAGGAAGAGGCAGGCACACUUCCUGUCCAAAGCAGACCGGGUGAACACGACACAGGCGGAAGUGGGGAGACGGCUCAAGAUAAAACCGCGGAACAGGAAGGAGAGCGGAGAGAGGAGGAGGAAGAGGAGGAACAGGAACAGGAGUCGGACAGCAUGGAGGAGACCGUCCGAUAUUCCCUGACUGAGGAGGCGGGAGACAGCGAUGACCGGAGCGGGGGAGGAGGAGGAGGCAGUCGGAGAGAGCUCCGGAAAAGAAGACGCAACAGGAGCCGGGGACACACGUCCUCCAGCUCGGACGAGGACAUCGAAGAGGAGGACGAGGAGGAGGAGGAGGAGGAGGAAGAGGAAGACGAGCAAGCCCUGGACGAGUGGCUGGACUCUGAGCUCAAGGAGCUGGGCUGCCCCGGCUGGAGGGCGGUCCCCGAGCUCAGGGCCAGAGAGAUCGGGAGAGGGCUGCCUCAUUUUACCCCCAGGGCGUGCGGAGCCCGGGGGCUGGUGCAGAGGUUCAAGCUGCAGGGGAGUCUGGAGAAGCACAGCGGCUGUGUGAACACCCUGCAUUUCAACAGCUCCGGGAGCAGGCUGGCCUCGGGCAGCGACGACCUGAAGGUGAUUAUCUGGGACUGGACGAGGAAGAGAGCCGUGCUGGAAUUCGAAACGGGGCACAAGAGCAACGUGUUUCAGGCGAAGUUUCUUCCUCACAGUGGAGACUCCACCCUGGUCAUGUGUGCGCGGGACGGACAGAUUCGAUUGGCUGAUCUGUCAGCCACGCAGCGAUGCAAAUCCACCAAGAAAGUGGCUCAACACAAAGGAGCGGCCCACAAGCUGGCUCUGGAUCCCGACUCUCCCUGCUUCUUCCUGUCAGCCGGAGAGGAUGCUGUCGUCUACGGGAUCGACUUGCGACUGGAUCGGCCCGCAACGAAGCUGGUGGUCACAAAGGAGAACGACAAGAAAGUGGGUCUGUACACAAUCUACGUGAACCCGGCCAGGACCGAUGAGUUUGCUGUGGGGGGGCGUGACCAGUAUGUCCGAAUUUACGAUCAGAGAAAGAUCAAUGAAAAUGAGAACAACGGCGUUCUGAAGAAGUUCUGUCCGCAGCACUUGGUCACCAGCGAGUCCAAAACCAACAUCACUUGUCUUGUGUACAGCCACAACGGGACGGAACUGCUGGCCAGCUACAACGACGAAGACAUUUACCUGUUUGACACGAGCCACAGCGAUGGAGCCCAGUACAUGAAACACUACAAGGGACAUCGUAACAAUGCAACAGUGAAAGGGGUGAAUUUCUACGGUCCACGCGACGAGUUUGUAGUCAGCGGCAGUGACUGUGGACACAUCUAUCUGUGGGAGAAGAACUCAGCCCGCAUCGUGCAGUUCAUGGAGGGAGACAAAGGGGGCGUGGUGAACUGUCUUGAACCACACCCUCACCUGCCUGUUUUAGCCACCAGUGGUUUGGACCACGAUGUGAAGAUCUGGGCUCCCACGGCAGAGACCCCCACCGGACUGCGAGGGCUGAAAGAGGUGAUGAAGAAGAACAAGCGGGAGCGCGAUGAAGACAGCGUGCGACACGGAGACCAGUACGACACGCAGCUGCUGUGGUUCCUCAUGAGACACAUGAGACACAGGCGACCGCAGAGGAGCCGUCGUGGAGAGGCCGGGGGUCCCGAGGGAGACUCUGACGAGUCGUGGAGCUCGCCGGACUCCUCGGAUGAAGAAGAGACCGGGCCCGAUCACGUGCAGUGCAUGUCCUCCUGAACGACAGACGGACAGACUCGCAGAACGACCCAGACGGACGGACUCCCAGAACGACCCAGACGGACGGACUCCCAGAACGACCCAGACGGACGGACUCCCAGAACGACCCAGACGGACGGACUCCCAGAACGACCCAGACGGACGGACUCCCAGAACGACCCAGACGGACGGACUCCCAGAACGACCCAGACGGACGGACUCCCAGAACGACCCAGACGGACGGACUCCCAGAACGACCCAGACGGACGGACUCCCAGAACGACCCAGACGGACGGACUCCCAGACCGACGGACAGACGGACGGACUCCCAGAACGACCCAGACGGACGGACUCCCAGAACGACCCAGACGGACGGACUCCCAGACCGACGGACAGACGGACGGACUCCCAGAACGACCCAGACGGACGGACGGACUCCCAGAACGACACAGACGGACGGACUCCCAGACCGACGGACAGACGGACGGACUCCCAGACCGACGGACAGACGGACGGACUCCCAGACCGACGGACGGACUCGCAGACAGACAGGCACGACCCGGGGGGGGAUUCAAUCAGAAAACAGGCCGGCUUCAUCAGCCACCGAGUUACUUGUCAUUCUCCUGUGCUAUCAAAUCAAACUUCAACACACGAGACAGAAUCGCUCUGAGAAUGAAAGUGCAGCUUCAUCCAGCUGCAACACACGAGACAGAAUCAGUCGGAGAAUUAAGUGUACAGCUGUGGCCAAAAGUUUUGUAGUUUUUUUUUUUCAUAUAGUUAACGAAUGACAAAAAUUGAAAAAUGUGACAAAAUACAACCGUGCUACUAUGAUGGCUUCCGGUAUAGACUUUUAUGCGAUAUCAUUUUGUAGUUUAUUUCAUUACACGAUGAUGUUAAAUAAGAUGUAAAUUAUCUUCAUACAGUUUUUUUCAUUUAAUUCUCUCCAGUCUUAAAAUUCUAGGUGAUUCAUAACUUUUUGGUCAGAGCUGUACCCCGUCAGACACACAUGAGCUGGAAUCGGUUUCAGAAUUGAGCGUGACUUUGUGAAACGCGUUAUUUUCUGUUCAGUCGAGCCACGCCGAGGCAAAGUGUUAUCAGUUCUCGAUGUGUUUCUUGAGGGUAAAAAAAAAAAGAUUUUAGGUCAAAAUCAAACAAGCGAACUGUGUCUGGAUGCUGGCUUGAAUAAAGCCGGUUAACUUCUAAAGCUGCCUGUUGUGUUUUUAUCGUUUUCUUUAGUGAAUUCACUCCUCGGCAGGCCAGACAGAGAACCACGACAAGAACCAGCGAUUUGUUUUAUUUUUUUUUGUCCAAAUUGCAAUUUAAAACAGACUGAUUUCAGAAAACGUGGGUGGAUGGGUGCGUCACAGGGGGAAAACAAAGGAAACUUUGUGUGUGUGUAAGAGACAAAUUGUACUGUUUGAAGAAUUUAAUAUGAAACGAUGUACUGACGUCUGAGGAGUUUUUUUUACAGACCUAGAAACAAUGAAAUAUAAAGAGGAGGAGAGGAGAGGGAGAGCCGGGGCGAAACGUCAUUUUUUUUUUAAUUUUUUGGUUUAGCGGGAGACACAAGAUUAUUAGCACUUACUGUUUUUUGUACAAAUACAACAUUUAUUUAUUUUUAAAUCACCUUCGAAAGGCGACGAGGAUUGCACUUACCAUUUUAAGCAGCUACGGCCAAAAGCUGUGUAUCUCCUAGAAUUUUAGGAUUGAAAAACAAACUAUGAACAGAACAUCAUGUAAUCAAAGAAACUACAAAAUGAUAUUGCAUUAAAAAAAGUCUACCGGAAGCCGUAAUAGUAGCACAGUAGUAUUUCAUGUUGGAUUUCGAAAUGUCAAAUUUGUUUCAUGUCAGUUUUGUUAAGUAUAUGGAAAACUACAAAGCGCUGGGUGUGGAAUUCAAUAUGUUAACAAGGGAACAUUAUUCAGCAGCUUUCAUUGGACUCUAUGAAGCUGAGGGAGUUCAUUCUAUAUAGAGGGGGUGGAAUUCAAUAUGUUAACAAGGGAACAUUAUUCAGCAGCUUUCAUUGGACUCUAUGAAGCUGAGGGAGUUCAUUCUAUAGAGAGGGUGAUGCAAUGCUUUUGCCCAGAGCUGUACAGCGCAGUCUCUAGUGAAUGUAAUGUUAAUUCUAUAAACCAGGGUUUCAGAUUAAGAGUACAGUAGUCUAAGAAAGCAAAGGAUAUUCACUUAAGAACUGUCACUCUCGCUCUCCUCGCUCACUUAAAACAUGAAGUAUACUUUUUUUUCCCUCUGUUCGGUACAUUUCUAGCCGUGUGGAAGCUCAUUGGUUCGGUUCUAGCCAUGGAAGAAUUUCAAAUCCCAUUUCUUUCCCUUUCUUCAGCUUCAGCCCGGUGGUUAACUUUUUCACUGAAUUGCCGUCUGGACUUUUGUAAAACUACGAAACCGAUUUCUUUCAGAGGACAAUGUUCCACGAGCCUGGCGGCUGUGUGACUCGCGGGGCGGAGGAGAUGCAGAGAGAGGGUUAUAUUUGCACAGGCAGACUAGCGACUGCUUGUCAAGCGAUAACUCCGACAGGAAAGAAGAGGGCUUUUUGAUUUUGAAAUGCGAUGGAUUUUGAAAAUUAGGGACUGCAUCGCGACCCCAAACUCGGCACUUUUAUUCUGAAGAAGCACUGGAUUUGCAAAGAACCCCUUUUCUGAUUUCUGUUUGUAUCUCUUUCAAGGCAGUAGAUUUUUUUUUUUUUUCUUGUUUGGAAACUUGUGAAACAAAGUGGCAGGAUUUCUCUUCUUCAGUUUGAGACGAAUAUGAACACGCCGGGGAUAAAGUUUGUUCAGCUUUGAGCAGAUUCAAGAAAAACGAAACAGAAAGAAAAUACUUUGAAUUCUCUUCUCUUCUACAGGGAUUAGACUUGGAUCCCCCCCAAGAUUAAGAACAAAAUUAUUUCGCUCUUAAUUUUUCUAAUAGGAAUGAUGUUCAGAAUUUUCAGUAUUGAUUGUAGAUUAUGGAUGAUUAAUCAUUAUUUUUGUUGUGUGUUUGUAUAUAUUUUUUUGUUCGGUAAGGGGUGUACAGAAAUGCAACUGGGUCUGUAUUUAAAAACGUACCGUCAAAGAAACGCUUUUGCACAGCGUUCCCAAUAGCUUUUAUUAAUACAGAACCAGAACUGUAAUGCAUCGGUUUAUAAUGAAACCGGGAAUGCAUGCAGUUCAUAAUAAAAUCCGAAAUAUUAAAAAAAAUACCGUUGCACAUUUACAUUACGGACGUGCAACGCUGAUAAAGAGAGGCCCUUGUCUGUAUUUACUCCUCGCAGCCUGGUUUGAUAACUUUAACAUCACAGACACGUUUCUUAAACAGGAAUCUUAUGUAAUGCGUGGGGCUUGGUUUGGAAUCUCUGUGGCGGGAUGGAACACGCCUUGAGUUCUCUAUUCCAUGAUGCGUGAGAGCUGGAGUUCAGGCUUGUCACGUUACUCCACAGCGAUAAAUAAUAUAUAUAUAUAUAUAUAUAUAUAUAUAUAUAUAUAUAUAGACCUGUGGUUUGUACUCUUUUGGGUCACCCUUUGCAGAAGAGAUCACAUUAUUAUUAUUAUUAUUAUUUUGUAUGUAUGCUUUUAGAGAAGUCUUUGACCCGAGGGAGGUUUGCUGGACUGAUUUUGUGUUUUUCAGAAUUUGCGAUAUUCUUUUUUUUUCGGUUCGUUUGCAUUACCCGUUCUGGGAUGUGAUCUUCACUGUAGUUGGAGUCCUGUGUUAAAGCGAUGCUGUGGGGCUCCCUCUAGGUUUGCACGCUGAGUCACUGUAAUGCUCGCAUGUUUUAAUGCAAGAUCACAAGCAGCAACGGAGUGAACCUGGGCCUCUUGAGCCCUGGUUUGGUGUUGCUGAAGUGACGAUUCUGCACACAUGAUGCGUAACUCUCGGAUAUCUUUUGUGCUUUUUGAGUUGUUUUUUUUAAGCACAAUUUAUAUGCUUCUAAAAUUCAUACAAAUGCCCUCAUUUCCUCACUGCUCUGGUACUUGGAAGGGAAAUAAACACAGAAAAUAAGACUUAACUGCUUAGGAGCUCUCCCUAAUCUAAUCUACAGCUCUGGCCAAAUGUUUUGCGUCGCCCCCUAUGGAAUGAAUCAUUUUGCUACAUAGUCGAAUGAAACUUUCUGAACGACUCUUAUGUUAACAUAUUGAAUCACAUGCCAGCGCUUUGUAGUUUUCACAUGUACUAAAUAAUGUGACAUUUCGAAAAUCUAACAUGAAAUACUUCUGCAGUGCUAUUAUGGCUUAGACUUUUUAUGGAUUAUCAUUGUGCAGUUUCUUUGAGUUACGUAAAAUAAAAGAUGUAAAUAAUGUUCA